UUCGUUCUGGGAGUUCGGUCUGGGAGUGGUGCGGCGGUUUUGGCGCUCUUCGUGGAGUGAGUCUGGACGUCGGUGGAAGCGACGGGGGAAAGAGGCUCUCCUCCUGAUUAUUACGAGGAAGGACGCUGUCCUGCGUGGUUGCCUGGAGCUGCCUUGGGACGUUUCGGGGAAAGUUUUCCCUGGCAGCCAUUGUACAUCCCGAGGUGCGAUCUCUGCUGCGGACGCCCAGAGCAGCAGCAGAGAGCAGACUCCCCUGGACCCAGCUGUGUCUCCAUGGGGCGCUCAAAAAAGAAAAAAAAGAAUGAUGGAAAUCACCAACCUUCUAAGAAAAGACACCAGGAGAGGUCAAAGGUCACCAGUGCUCAGUCUGUACAGCAGCAUCAAACAGAGCUGGAGAUGAACCAGGAGGAACUGGCCGACAUACUGGGGGACGGGGAGCUUCGAAGGAUCCGUUCUGAAUUUGUGAAAGGAGUUUCAGAACCAGCUAUCAAAGGUCUCCUGGAUGACCUUUAUGAUCAUGAAGUGUUCAGUACUGAGGAAAAGGACUCUGUGAUGGAGGGCCUGAAGAUCAGAGCGGACCGAGCACGUUGUCUGAUCGACAUGGUGAUCGGUAAAGGGGAGAGAGCAAGUCAGAUGAUGAUCGAUAGUAUGAAGAAGAGGGACAAACACUUAUGCAUCAAGCUGGGUCUGAUCUCUUCUCUUGCUGGUGUGGAACAAGUCAGGAAUCAAUCUGCUGGUCUGAUUACGUCAGGCAGUAGUGGCCGGGGGAGCUUGCCCGAGUCUGAGCUGUCUGCCCCUAUGGACGGGAAGUCAUCUGUUCCACUUGACCGGCAUGGUAGCACGCUGGGAUCUCCUGCUGUCGAGUGCCAACAAAAGAUCAAGUCUUGUUUAAAGAGGAUGUUCAGGUGUGUGUUUCAGGGAAUCCCUAAAGCAGGACAAUCAACACCUCUGAAUGAGUUCUACACUGAGCUCUUCAUCACAGAGAGAGGCAGUGGAGAGGUCAACAAGGAACAUGAGGUCAGAUUGAUUGAAACAGCUUCCAGUGAUCCAUUCAAGGAGGAAACACCGAUCAAAUGUGAGGACAUCUUUAAACCCUUACCUGGAAAAGAUAAGUCAAUCCGGACAAUAAUGACAACUGGAGUGGCCGGCAUUGGUAAAACCAUCUUAACACACAAGUUCACUCUGGACUGGGCAGAAGGCAAAACCAACCAGGACAUACACUUCACAUUUCUCCUCACUUUCAAAGAGCUGAAUUUACUGAAAGGGAAAGAGUUUAGCUUGGUGGAACUUCUUCAUCGCUUCUUUAUUGAGACCAAAGAAGCAGGAAUCUGCAGAUUUGACCGGUUCCAAGUUGUCUUCAUCUUGGAUGGUCUGGAUGAGUGUCGACUUCCUCUGGACUUCCAGAACAACCCGAUCUGGACUGAUGUCACAGAGUCCACCUCGGUGGACGUGCUGCUGACAAACCUCAUCAGGGGCAAGCUGCUUCCCUUUGCUCGCAUCUGGAUAACCACACGCCCUGCGGCAGCAGAUCAGAUCCCUGCUGAGUGUGUUGACAUGGUGACAGAGGUCAGAGGGUUCAACGACCUACAGAAGGAGGAGUACUUCAGGAAGAGAUUCAGAGACGAGACGCUGGCCAGCAAAAUCAUCUCCCAUGUCAAGAAAUCACGCAGCCUCCACAUCAUGUGUCACAUCCCAGUCUUCUGUUUGAUCACUGCUCAGGUUCUGGAGUACUUUUUCAAAGAUCCCCAGAUAGGAGAAGAGGUGCCCAAGACCGUGACUCAGAUGUACAGCCUCUUCCUGAGGGUUCAGUCCAUACAGGGGGACAGGAAGUAUCGUGGGAUAGAUGAUAAAGAGCGAUACUGGAGUUCACAGAGUAGGAAGAUAAUUUUUUCUCUGGGAAAACUGGCUUUUAAACAGCUAGAGAGUGGCGACCAGAUCUUCUACGAGGAAGACCUGGCAGAGUGUAAAGAAUAUUUCAACGAAGCCUCAGUGAACUCAGGACUGUGCACCCAGAUCUUUAAAGAGGAGUAUGGGCUCAUCCAAGGUGACAAGGUGUUCUGCUUUGUCCAUCUGAGCGUCCAGGAGUUUCUGGCUGCCCUUCAUGUCUUUAAGUCCUUCAUCGACGAUGAAGGACUUAAUCUGCUCACAGAACAGCCAAUCUUCGGUGAAGAUAAACUCCUCCUCCUCUACCAGAGUGCUGUCGACAAGGCCUUAGAGAGUAAGAACGGACACCUGGACUUGUUCCUCCGCUUCCUCCUGGGCCUCUCUCUGGAUACCAAUCAGAAUGUCCUACGAGGUCUGUUGGGCCAGACACGAAGUAGAUCACUGAUCACUCCGAUUAAACAAGGUCUUCUGGGACAGACUAAGAAAACAGUGUCUUACAUCAAGAAAAAGAUAGGUGGAGAUCUCUCUACAGAGCGAAGCAUCAAUCUGUUCCACUGUCUGAAUGAGCUGAACGACCAUUCUCUAGUGGACCAGAUCCAACAGUUCCUGACAUCUGGAAAUCUCUCCAAAAAACUUGUCUCUCGUGCUCAGUGGGCAACUCUGGUCUUCAUCUUACUGUCAUCGGAAGAGAACCUGGAUGUGUUUGACCUGAAGAAAUACUCAGCUUCAGAGAAGGGUCUUCAGAGGCUGCUGCCAGUGAUCAAAGCCUCCAAAACAUCUCUGCUGAAUAGCUGUCAUCUGUCAAAGAGAUGCUGUGGAGCUCUGGCCUCAGUUCUCAGCUCAGACUCCUCUAGUCUGAGACAGCUGGACCUGAGUACCAAUGAUCUGCAGGAUUCAGGAGUGAAGCUGCUCUCUGCUGGACUGGGGAGUCCACACUGUACACUGGAAACUCUCAGUUUGAAAGGCUGUCAGCUGUCAGAGAGAUGCUGUGAAGCUCUGGCCUCAGUUCUCAGCUCAGACUCCUCUAGUCUGAAAAAGCUGGACCUGAGUUCCAAUGAUCUGCAGGAUUCAGGAGUGAAGCUGCUCUCUGAUGAACUGAGGAGUCCAAACUGUACACUGGAAACUCUCAGGCUGAAUGGCUGUCAUCUGUCAAAGAGAUGCUGUGAAGCUCUGGCCUCAGUUCUCAGCUCCAACUCCUCUAGUCUGAGAGAGCUGGAGCUGAGUACCAAUGAUCUACAUGAUUCAGGAGUGAAGCUGCUCUCUGCUGGACUGAGGAGUCCACACUGUACACUGGAAACUCUCAGGCUGAAUGCCGGUCAUCUGUCAGAGAGAUGCUGUGAAGCUCUGGCCUCAGCUCUCAGCUCCAACUCCUCUAGUCUGAAAGAGCUGGAUCUGAGUACCAAUGAUCUGCAGGAUUCAGGAGUGAAGCUGCUCUCUGCUGGACUGGGGGGUCCACACUGUACACUGGAAACUCUCCGGCUGAAUGACUGUCAACUGUCCGAGAGAUGCUGUGAAGAUCUGGCCUCAGUUCUCAGCUCCAACUCCUCUAGUCUGAGAGAGCUGGACCUGAGUACCAAUGAUCUGCAGGAUUCAGGAGUGAAGCUGCUCUCUGCUGGACUGGGGAGUCCACACUGUACACUGGAAACUCUCAGGUUGUCUGGCUGCCUGGUCACACAGGAAGGCUGUGCUUCUCUGGCCUCAGCUCUGAGCUCCAACCCCUCCCAUCUGAGAGAGCUGGACCUGAGCUACAAUCACCCAGGAGACUCUGGAGCUGCGCUGCUCUCUGCUGGACUGGAGGAUCCACGCUGGAGACUGGACACUCUCAGUGUGGAGCACGGUGGAGUGUGGAGGCUGGAACCAGCUCUAAAGAAGUAUGCCUGUGACCUCACACUGGACCCCAACACGGCCCACAGACGACUCUCUCUGUCUGAGGACAACAGGAAGGUGACGAUGGUUGAAGAGGACCAGUCGUAUCCGGAUCACCCAGACAGAUUUGACUCCUGGCACCAGGUGUUGGGUAGAGAGGCUCUGACUGGCCGCUGUUACUGGGAGGUAGAGUGGGGAGGAGGGGUUGGUAUAGGAGUGACAUACAGAGGAAUCACAAGGAGAGGAGAGGGUGAUGACAGCGGGCUUGGAUGGAACAACAAGUCCUGGAGUCUUCAAUGUACUGAUGGUGGUUACUCUGCCGAGUACAACGGUACAGAGACAGCCCUCCCUCUCCGCCGCGCUGGCUCCACCAGAGUAGGAGUGUAUCUGGACCGGCCUGCUGGCUCUCUGUCCUUCUACAGAGUGUCCCCAAGUGGAGGAGGGUCCUCAGACACACUGACACACCUCCACACCUUCUGCUCCUCCUUCACCCAGGAGGACCUCCUCCCGGGGGUCUGGUUAGGGUGGCCGUGGAGCAGCGUCUCUGUUGUGGAGCACGGUGGAGUGUGGAGGCUGAAACCAGCUCUAAAGAAGUAUUCACCGUCAAAAGUGGAAAGCAGUAGCUCAGGGAUGAGUCUCAACAAAGACAUAGAAAGCACGCAUUUGAUGGACAGGGAUGAUGAUGAGGGGAUGCACUUCAAGUCACAUUGUGAAGAAUGUAAAGCAGCUCAGAAGAGUCCUGAUUAUGAGAAGGUUACCCCAAGAAAGAUGUCUAAGUGGAGCUUCGAGGUACAGCUGGAAGGCGAGGGGACCUAUGAGUGUUCGUCUACAGGUCUGGUGUUUGAAGUGUCGGAGCAGGCUCUGGUCCGCUACUCGGUCCUGUCCUGGUUCCAAUUCUCUGAGUGCCUCAAGAACUCCUGGAGACCUGCUGGAUCGAUUUAUGAUGUGAAGGUGGUCGACAAGGAUCCAUCUGUGCUCAAAUUUAUCCAUUUCCCCCACUCUUUGUGCCUUGCUGAACCUGAGCAUAAGCAGAGCUUCAGUGUUCUGCAUGUAAAGAAACACCAUGCCGACAUUGAGUCGACGGUGGACUUCACGGCGAGCCAUGUUAAAUGGCGCGUGUCCUCGCUUUGUCCCGUGGGUGUCAUCAUUCCGAGCAGUCAGCCUGUGGAGCACCAGCCAGCACCAAAGCCAGCACCAAAGCCAUCAGCAAACCAUGGUUUGGUGAUGGUUUACAAGGAGCUGGGCCUCAAAAAAUAUUUAGUGUUUUUGUCCUUGAACACCCUGUCUGAGAUCAAGGCUAUUGAAGAACAGGUGCUCAUUUCCAGGAAGAAAGGCUUCAAGAUUACAGAAACAUUCAAACAUCUCACCUGUAGGCUGGAAGAAAAGUACUACUGCCUCAAAAGUGAUCCAGAAGGACAGAUUGAUCCCCUGAGUCUAGAAUUCACCACUGCAGUGUUAGCGUUGAAAGGAUUAUUUGUAGCACGCGGGAAUCUUCCUCCUUUCAAAUUGUUUCUCAAGGACACAGACUGUGACCAACCUUUUUUGAAUGUUACAAUCAGAGAAGAUGAUUGGCCCAGCGAGGAGAGUUUUUUCUACAAUACUGCAGUUCCAGCAACAUCCAGCCCUCCAGCUACCUCCAGUGCAACACGCCCUGUAGCAGGGGAGCUUUUGAGGAUCCGUCGUGAAUUUGUGAACAGAGCUUCAGACCCACUUAUCAAAGGUCUCCUGGAUGACCUUUUGCAUCAUGAAGUCCUCAAUUCUGAGGAAAAGGACUUUGUGAUGAACCAGAAGGACAGAGCGGACCGGGCACGUGAACUGAUCGACAUGGUGAGACAGAAAGGAGGGAUAGCAAGUCAGACGAUGAUUGAUUAUAUGAAGGAUAGGGACAGUCACUUAUGCUCAACCUUGGGUCUGAUCUCUUCUCCUACUGGUUAGGGUGUGGCUGAGUUGUACAUAUGAGCGACUUCUACAAUUUUAAAGAAAUUGUCACUGCCCGCUUUGUUUUGACCAUACGUGACAUUUAUUGAGUAAUUGUUGAACAGAUGUUUAGAAUAGGACCUCCUGCCUCUACCAGGAAGGAGGUCCCCAUGUGUUCCCCUGAUACCUCCUUUACCCAGAUAACUUUUACAUAUUUUUAAGUAAUGUUGGUAUGGUUGUGAUCACAGAGUUUGUAAAUCAAGCUGACAUAAUGCCAGAGAUUUUUAUUUUUUGCUUAUCUUGACAUUUUAAAUAAUCCUCUAACAAGCACAAUUGGUAUUCAGGUAUUUUUAUUAUACAGUUUCCCCAAAAUUCAGCUAGUAAUGGGUCCAUGGUUUGGGUUGACAUUGACCCUUCAGUUGAUUCAUGUGUAACAUAAUUUAUGGUUUCACUCAUGGCUCUAAGAUCCUGCGAGUAGAAAUGUGAGCUCAGGUUAUUUUAGAACGGUGGAAGCAUGUAUUCCUUAUAGUGAGUAGAGGGCCUGAAAUCUGUAGACCGUAGCGUAUUAAUUUAGUAGACUGGAUAGGAGCUAUUUAGGAAUCAUUGUAUUGAAGAAUAAAUAAUGGUUGUUAAUUUGUCCGUCAGUUUUUUUUUUUUUACCUAUUUGAUUUACGAUUGCAAGCUGCAAAAAUAGUUAUUAUAUGGAUUGUCAAUGCAAUGUCAUUGAAGAAAUGUGAUGACGCUGACGCGAGUUGCUAACGGAUGUAAGGCUGUACAUGCAAGCUCUGUUUGCCAAUCUAUUUAUCGAGUCUUAAAGACAAGAUGGCGACGACGGGUGUACCACUGAUGGUAUUGUGCGUAUAAAAUGUCCUCGUUUGAAAAUAAAAACCUAUUGAAUUCUAAGCACUGAAUAUCUAUGCAUUGAAAUAACGUACCUGAAUUUUUUGCCACGGAAUUUAACUCUUUCAAUAAAUAAUUUUCACCUUGAUUUAUUUUAUUGAUAUUUUCAACGUCUAUAAAUUCAACCUGCCAAAGUCAGCCUCAAAAUUCAAUGUACGAAAUUCAGUGUUAACA